UACGUCAUUCUUUUCAGGUGCGGACGGAAGUAGUAUUUUGAACUUGUGUGCAACCCCAAAAAUUUGUCGCGUUGGUUAAAACUGAAAUUCUAUAAUAUAAAAAGAAAAGAUUGUGUUUCUUUGAAUAGUUAACAAGCAUAUAUAUUAUACAGCGUAUACAGUCGAUUUACUAUGGAAGAAUUUCAGCACUAUAAAUUUGAAGCUGAGGCUAACCAACAACAAGAUUUACUUUCAGACGAUUUCGUGCGAGUAGACAACCCUGCUGACUCUGCUGAUAUGCAGCCUAAACCAAGUGACACAGCCGAAGAAGAUCUUUACUCAGCAACACCAUCAGAUGAGCCACCAGCUGCAUAUUCUUCUGAUUUAGUGUCAUUUGACUCAAGCCCGACAACUGAUAGUAGUAGUAGACCUUUUGAAGAAACCAUUUCAGCCCCAGCAGACUCAUCAUCAGACCCACAGCCACAGUUCACAGAAACGUCUCAUCAAGAUGACGCCCCUGUUGAGGAUUUGCUUGGAGGAUUUGGAAGCUCAGGAGAACCAGUGGAACCAGUAGUGCCUCCGCAGGAAGAGGAGCCUGAGGUCGAGGAUAUCCCAGUUCCCGCCAGUAAUUCAAACGAUGUUGCUUUUCCAACACCUUUACCAGUAGUAGAAGAAUCACUAACUCAGCCAGAGGAGGAACCAGAGCCUGCAGUGGUGGAAGAAGUUUCACCAGCUCCAUCAAUUCCUAGGCCUAGUCCUGCCUUAAUCAGCUCAUCUCCUUCUGAAGGUGCCCUUAUAGAUCUGUCAAGGCUUGAUCCUAGAGGCAUGCCAGUUGUAGACCUUGUGUAUUGGCGUGACCCCAAGAAGAGCGGCGUUGCUUUCGCAUCAAUCCUGAUUGUCCUGCUUGCCUUUGCUAACUUCUCAUCUAUCAGUGUGGUAGCUUACCUUCUGCUCUCCAUCUUGACGGUGACCAUCAGUUUCCGAGUGUAUAAGAGUGUGCUACAAGCUGUACAGAAGACCGGUGAUGGAAACCCAUUCAAGCCGUACUUGGAAAGCGACAUAACACUCUGUAAAGAUGAUGUUUCAAAUUAUGCUGGCCAAGCUGUUGACAAGAUAAACUGCUAUGCUGAUUCUCUUAGAAGGCUUAUUCUGGUGGAGGAUUUAGUCGAAUCCAUCAAGUUUGCUGUUUUCUUGUGGUUCUUGACUUACAUUGGAUGUAUGUUCAAUGGGUUGACUCUCGUCAUCCUUGCUCAUAUUGCUUUGUUCAGCCUUCCUCUUGUGUAUGAGAUGAAUAAGGCUCAGAUUGAUGAUGUUUUAGGAAAAGCCUAUGCCAAAGUCAAUGCUUUCCAUGAGCAGUUGAAAGAAAAAGUUCCAUUCUUAAAAAAGAAGAAAACUGAAUAAGCAGACUGCUUUCAUCGAAUUGAAGAAAAAUACACUGAUUUUGGAACUUUGCAAUUACUCUACCACAAGUCACUUCUUACAAAGCUUGCUACCAAAUACAGAAAUGUUGAUAGAGAAAUAACCAAUGCUUGCAUAGCCAUAACUUUUUUCUGGAAAACUGUAGAGGGCAACAUUUUGAUUACGUGUUUCUGAAACUGAGGUUUAUGGCAUUUAUGGAACUAUCAUGUCAUUAGGCAAUGUUAGUGUCAAAGGGUUCAGAAUGGAUUGGCAUUAUUUUAAUAUAUUGCAUAAUGUGUCAUGACUUAACAACAUCCUUACAAAGAAGGGUCAUUGAGAGCACUGUUGAUACCCUCUGUAGUGGUUACAGUUUUUCUUGUACAGUAUAAUCAUAUUUUCAAGCAUUGCCACCAGUUAUUAAUGAUACUUGUUGGGAUAUUAUUUCCUCUUAUUUUAUGGUUAUAAUCUUUUCAAUGUACUUAAUCAUAUGUAUUUUAAUUCUGUUAUUGAGUUAUUUAAAUCUCAACAAUGAAUUUUAACAAAUACAAACCUUUAAAAAUGAUACACAAUAAUCUUACCUGAUAAAUGAUGUGCAUCUUUAUCAUAUUGUAAUUGUCAGCUAUGGUUGUGUGUCAAUAUCGCUGAAACAGCUGUAGCAAUUGUAUCGUAUUCUAAAAUCAACGUAAGAUAUGUCGAGUACAUUAAAAGAUACCGCUCAAAAUCCUGAUUGAUAAAUAUCAAUAUUAAGCCUUAUAUUCUUAGUACUCCUAAGUAAUCAUAUUUAAUUUAUAGAUAUUUUGUUUACCUGAUAACCUCUGAACAACUUUUAAAAAGAAAGCUUGCCCAAUGCGUGUGAAAUUUGGUAGAAUUUUAACACAUUAGAUUAUAUCCAAAUUUUUAAAACAUUACUGUAAAUCAAUACUGUAAAUCAACAUAGUUAUUUAUUGUUAGCACCUAUCUCUACUCAAUAAAGUACUGCACUUCUUAGUAUUAAUGCAAAUAUGUUUGAAUUACUUUUUCGCAUGAAAAGAUGUUUGCAAACUAAGAGCUCACUACACACAAGCAGAAUAAGCUGUUAAGCUGUGUUCACACACAGGGUUAUCAACUGAGCUAGAUUUGCUUUUGUGUAACUGGCUUUGUUGUCCACACUUCAGCGAGGUGGCCAUGCAGUAUUCUUUGAUGAAACCUUCAAAGUAAUCACUAUAAGCUUUGUAUUCGAAGACAAUCAACCAAGUCUGUAUGUAUGUCAUUGCAGUUUUUUAAUGCAAUAUUUUUUGACCCAACUGAAAAAUAAAUGUAGUUUCUAAUUGUCGAGUAUGAUGUGGUUAACAAUGUUGUGAAAUAUACAUAUACCAAGUAUAUUAUAGAUACCUGUUAAUGUUAAAUAGUACACUGGUGGAUGUUGUCUCAAAGUAAUGCAUGUAAUUUAUCUCGGUAGUAGUCUUAGUGAUAGUAAGAAGUAAAAUAUUCAGGAAAAGUAUGGAUCUAUUUGGUAUGGUUUUGAAUUGUAUGGAUUUUAACAAAUUGCAGGUUUGGAAAUGUAUACAGAUAUUGGGUAUUGCUCUGAGGCAUGAUUUGUGAAUUGAAAACAUCUUGCUGUAGCGUUCCAACAACAAAAUCCUAAUUCAACAUUUAGACACUGGAUGCUGUAAUACAAGGCUACAUUUUGGUUUCUAAACAGGGGUUGAUCCAAUGGGAGAGAUGGAGAACGUGCCACUCCCCUCCCCCAGCUCCCAUUUUGCCACUACAUUUUAAAAUUUUAAUACCUAUUUCUGCCAUGUAUUGAAAUAUGAAAACAAAAUAGAAUAAAAAUACAAAAUGUUUGUAAAGGACCCCUUCGUUAUGCCACUGUUGCUAGCAAUCUACACUACUUCUCAUAAUUUGGUAGUUCCUCCCACUCCCCCUCCCCCUGUUUAAAAGUUUCAGGAUCUGCCCUUUCUGAACUUCAAUUUUUGGAGUAUUUGAAGAAUUUGCAGUAGCCAAUCAGCUCCAAAUAGUAUAGUGAGUAUGUUUACCAACAAUACUCGCCAACAAUGUUGAAUGUUCUUGAGUGAUUCAUUAUUACACACUUUUCAAGUAGUUUCCAAGUAUUCCCGAAUGUUUAAUCAACACAACCUAAUGUUUUGAACUUCAUGUUUGAUUAUUAUUCUUUAUUUUCAACUCACUUUAACUGUUUAAAUAAGAAUUUGCUGUAAAUGUACAUAUAUGGAAAUUAAAGUGUGCUAAUAUUCAUAAGAACACAUAGCGACUGUAAAAAGGAAGGUUUCCAGUAAUGGUUAGGUAGUGAAAAGAAUAAAAAUGAAGAAUAGAGUCAAAUUAUUUUUCCAUUAUUGCUUAAUGUUGUUCAACAUGGAUUAUACCUAUUUUCCAAAGAAUGUAUACUUUUUUUUCCAUUUUUUAUUUUGGAAAAACAGAUCAACUUUGGUAUUGUACUAGAAACAUAUGUCAUAUAAUUUUAUGAAAAGUUUGCAAUUGGUCUUUCUACUUAAGUUCAAGUAUUAAGAUCAUAUUUGUAUUGUUUCGUAAUGAUUUGUUUUUCAAUGCUUAACUUAUUAUUGUGGCAAUGUUAUUUGAUAUGAAAAGUAAAUAUGUGUCAAAAAGCUUAUGCUUUUUGACAGCAGUCUGUAAAAUUAACAUGUUUGCUGUUAAAACAAACUGAACAAAUAUUGCUGCCAUAUUAGAUUGUAUUUAUCAGAUACUUAAGUAUAUUGUGACUAUAUUGCUGAAGAAAACCAAUUACAUACUGUGGAAAGUGAAGGAAAAUUAACAUAAGCGAUUGUGUAAUGUGUACAGUUAUUGAAGAACACACAAAUUAAUUGAUACUGGGAUUUAUAACCAAGGUAUUACAGGGCAAACAUAUGUUUCUCACAAAUAUGAAAUAUUGACUUAGCUUUGCUUGUGCUCUUGUUGUUCAGUCAGUACUGGAAUAAGUUGUUGCUGUUAAAAUGCAUAUUAUAGAGUUUGAAGAAAUGUCUUGGUAUAAUUAACAGUGAAUAAAUAAAAAGAGUGAUUGUUGGAUUCAAA